CACCUGAUGCGCUUGACAGCCCGCUGCGGGCGCCGCGUCAGCUGAUCUUGGAGUUGUGCUGCGUGCCGGCAGGUCCGGGUCCUCCGGUCCAGCCGCCCCCGCCGCAGCCAUGUCGUUCUUCCCGGAGCUUUACUUCAACGUGGACAAUGGCUACUUGGAGGGACUGGUGCGCGGCCUGAAGGCCGGGGUGCUCAGCCAGACGGACUACCUCAACCUGGUUCAGUGCGAGACGCUCGAGGACCUGAAGCUGCACCUGCAGAGCACCGACUACGGCAACUUCCUGGCCAAUGAGGCAUCACCGCUGACAGUGUCCGUCAUCGAUGACCGGCUCAAGGAGAAGAUGGUGGUGGAGUUCCGCCACAUGAGGAACCAUGCCUAUGAGCCGCUCGCCAGCUUCCUGGACUUCAUUACUUACAGCUACAUGAUUGACAACGUAAUCCUGCUCAUCACGGGCACGCUGCACCAGCGCUCUAUCGCCGAGCUCGUGCCCAAGUGCCACCCACUAGGCAGCUUUGAGCAGAUGGAGGCCGUGAACAUCGCACAGACGCCCGCCGAGCUCUACAAUGCCAUUCUGGUGGACACGCCCCUGGCGGCUUUUUUCCAGGACUGCAUCUCAGAGCAGGACCUUGAUGAGAUGAACAUCGAGAUCAUCCGAAACACGCUGUACAAGGCCUACCUGGAGUCCUUCUACAAGUUCUGCACCCUGCUGGGUGGGACCACAGCCGAUGCCAUGUGUCCCAUCCUGGAGUUUGAAGCAGACCGCCGCGCCUUCAUCAUCACCAUCAACUCCUUCGGCACAGAGCUUUCCAAGGAGGACCGUGCCAAGCUCUUUCCGCACUGCGGACGGCUCUACCCUGAGGGCCUGGCCCAGCUGGCUCGGGCUGACGACUACGAGCAGGUCAAGAACGUGGCCGACUACUACCCGGAGUACAAGCUGCUCUUCGAGGGUGCGGGCAGCAACCCUGGAGACAAGACCCUGGAGGACCGAUUCUUCGAGCAUGAGGUGAAACUGAACAAGCUGGCCUUCCUGAACCAGUUCCACUUUGGUGUUUUCUACGCCUUUGUGAAGCUCAAGGAGCAGGAGUGUCGCAACAUUGUAUGGAUCGCGGAGUGCAUCGCCCAGCGCCACCGAGCCAAGAUCGACAACUACAUCCCCAUCUUCUAGCACCCUGGCCCAAGGCUCCCCACAAGUGUGUGUGCGCGCCUGUGUGUCUGCGUGUGCUGUGACAAAGCUCACGGCUCACCUAUGUGCCCUGGGGGGUAGCACACUGUCCUAGUGGCUGCCCAGCUUCCCUGACCCUCUCUGAGACUGCUCUUGGGCCUGAAAAGGGGCUGGGCACCUGCUCCCCCCACCAAGGAUGGACCAAGCCCCCCACCUCCAGAGCAAGGAGGCCCCCUCAGCCCUGUGUUUACAGCCGCUGACGUAUCUGAGAAGCAUGUGGUCACUUUUGUGUUCCUCCCUAACCUGAGAACCCCUGGGGGCAGCGUGAACCUCCUCUUCCCUCAGCGGGUCCCCCAGAGCCGUGGCGCAGGGGCAGGAUAGAGCGUGCGUGUCCUUGGGGAACAGGGGAAGUAGCUCUGCCCCUCUGAGACAAUAAAAACUGCCCUCUCUAAGCCCAGCUGUC